AUGAUUAGUAUUUAUAAAGAUAAUUUUAAAAUAAAACCGAUUUUUGAAAUAAAAUAUUAUUUAAAUCUAAUCUGUUCAUAUAUUUUUAUCUAUUUAUUAUCAUUAUUCAAACAUAUCCAAUUUACUAUAAAUAUUAAUAAUUUUUCUUUUUUUAAGUUUCUUGAUAAAUUUAAUUUUGUUAUUGGAUUCUUAAAACUAUGCUAUAAUAAUUGA